AUGAGGUCUUUGAUUGGGGAAAUACUAAGAGAGCUAAGGUUUCAGCAUGGUCUUGGAUAUCCGGGUGAUUUGGAUAGGUAUGAAAAAAGCUUGAAGUUGGUGGUGCCCAAGAUAUUACUGUUGUUGAAUGUUGAUGUUGAUGUUGGUGCUGGUAUUGAUGGUUGGAGGGAAUUGCAGUUGGAGGCUAAUAUUGAGACUAUUGGCGAGUUGCAAGUUCGGUAUUUAGCUGCGCAAGAGUCGAAAUCGCUAAGUUUGCAAGAUUUGGUCGAGCAAUCUCGGUUUGUAACAACAAGAACCGAGAUGGUUGAUUUUGAUGAAAUGGUGCAAAUCUUGAGUGAAUUACGUUUUGGCCACGAAAAGGACAACUGGUCCUUAAUUGAUCAAUUGAAACGCUUUUUGCUGACAAUUAUUGAUAAACUGGAAAGUUUAGAGUGCAAACUCACUGAUUAUUUGAAGCGAUGUUUGCUAUAUGAUGCAAACUACUACAAAACUAAUGUUGAAAGUAAAGUACCACAAGAUUUGGAAAAACUAGCAAAUUUGAUUGAAAAGGAGGAGGCGGAGGAGGCGGAGGAGGCGGAGGAGGUGCAGCAGCAGCAGCAGCAGCAGCAGCAGGAGCAGGAAAAUAAAGCACUAAAAGAUUUGCAAAAACUAGCAAAUUUGAUUGAAAAAGAAAAGGAGGAGGUGGAGGAUAAUGAUGAUGAUAGUGGCGAUUCAUCUUUUGGCCACAACAAAGAAACAGAAAUUUACUAUCCCUUGCAAUUGAACAUAAACAAUUCUACUCUAGCUUCGAUCUACUACCAUCUAUCAAGAACCUUGAUAGUGAAUAAUCAAUUAAGCAUUACUCAAAUUGCAGUUAGCAUAUUGAAUGUUUUCAAGAAGCAAGAGCUAGUCUUGUUCUUUUUUCAAGAUGAAGAAAUUGGUUCUCAAUUGAUGCAGUUAUUUCCUAGCAGAUUUAAUAAAACUACUUUUGAAGUGAUGAAAAUUUACUUUUCCAUGCCGAUAUCAAGCUUGGGUCCGGGAUACAAGGAAUGUAUGUACGACUUGAAAGUUAUAUCGACUGAAUUAAGUCUGCAUUUCCCCAACCUGAAUCCAAAUUUUGCACAAUUAUUCAAAUAUUAUUACCAAUGUUUCAAAACACUUCCAUUAGUUACCGCAGAAGACCAGAUUUAUGUUCGGGACGUUUUCAAUACGGUUACUGAAGUAAUGGACUCUUUAAAUGGAAGUGUUUCUGUUGGUGAUGCCGUAGCCAGAUUCAUCCAAUUGCAAAGGUUCCUAAGUAAAGAUAAUUGUUCGGAAUCAUCCACACUUUUGAUGCGAGAAUGCUCGUUUGAAUACUAUGAUUUUAGAGGAAUAAAAAGAGUUGUAUUCUCGUGUUGGUUAGAUAGGAUGGCAAGACUCCCUAAGGUGGAUAAGCGGAACUUAGACGAGGGUUUGUUGACGAAAAUACUCAAUCUUUGGAGCAUGAAAACUAAGCAAAUGCAAAUUAGGAAAAUGGAAACCAAACUGUUUUGCAAAGAACAUCUUCAAAUGAAGACCAUUUUGAAAAUAAAAAGAGCAUUGCAAAAACAAAGAGUACGUAAUAGCAAGGCUGUUGGAAAAUACACUCAAAAGUUUUUUGAAAUAUGGCACAAAAAAUGGUAUACGCUUUGUAGCGAAUUGGAUUUAGCUGUUGAAGUUAGCAAAGAUAGAAUUCUUCGCGACAGCUUGACACACUGGAGAAAGAUGCAUUACUUGAACUCUGCAAAAGUUCAAAUAUUAAAAGAAAAAUGUAAAGUUUAUAUAAAAGACCAAAACUACAGAUUAUUACAUCAUACUUGGACAAAAUGGAAUAAGAGGCUGAACUCCGAUUCAAGAAUUCAGGUAUUGACUCAAAAGUUGAGCAAAUUUGUGGAGAUUGAACGUCAAUUUAUAACCAAUGUAUAUUUCAAAAAGUGGUUUACACUAUACGGAAUGAAUGUCAAAAGUGCCAACUUUAAAGCAGAACAUCGUGAAAGGAUUUUGAAGAAAUCUUUUGCCGCUUGGUCAUGCAAGUUAGAAUUGAUUCAUGUGGCCACGGAGUUUUCCAGGAAAUAUGAGAUACAGCUUUUGCAAGACAUUUUUCAAAAAUGGAGAAUUGACGCUGCUCAAUAUGGCCAGUCGCUCUCAUUUUAUUGUAAGAUCAAACUCCAAAAAUAUAUAAAACAAUGGAGACUUGCAGCAACGGCAAUACGGUUUGAACUGCAACGGGAAAAAGCACUUAUACAGAAAUACUUGUUGGUAUGGACGUCAAAUCAUGCAGCAAACAUGAUGCGAUCUGCAAAACAUUUGAUACUUGUGAAAAACACGUUCCAUCAUAUAAAGAAGGUAAGCUCGUUACACUCACUGCUCAAAGAUCAAGCAGAUACUUUCCACCAAACAAAGUUAAAAAUAAUGUCGAUUAAACGGCUUAAAAUAUUUGUGAAACAAAUCCAGAGCCAAAAAAGAGAAGCUUCGAAAUUGUUGUUGAAACUGACAUUCAAUAUUUGGAAAAGACGUUAUUUGAAAUGUUGUUAUUUGAACGGAAAAGGUUUAUUAGAAAAGUCUGUCCAAAAAAACGUGUUCUUCAUUUGGCGGAAUAGGUAUGAUGUUGCGGUAGAGGCAAGAUUGUCAUCAAAUAUUGACAAAUUCCUUAAAUUCAAUAAUGACUUAACAAGGGCAAAGUAUUUUAAACUCCUAUACGAUAAGUUUGUCACGGAACAGAAUAGAGCUAGUGAUUUAGAGCUCAUAUUGUUAAAGUUUUCAAGCAUACAUACAAUGUCACCGUUUCUCAAUCAUUGGGCAGAACAGAGCUUCAAGUUGGGAGAGUUGGAACAACGUGCACUAAUGUUUGAGGUUGAAAACCUCUAUUUUCAUGGGUUCCAUACUUGGUAUGACAAAUUAUUGCAGCUAAAAAGCAUGGAAGAGGAGGCUGAAGAUUUUUUAGAACAAAUAACUACUAGGCUAGCGAGAAAUAUUACACAGGGAUGGAACCUCAAAUAUCGCAAACACAUUAAGCGUAAUAACCAAUUAUGUGAAGAGUUUCAUCGAAAAAGUGAGUCUAAAAAGAUUUCAGCUUUUAUGAAUUUGUGGCUCUACAAGUUAAGAGAUUUUCAAACUGAAGAUGUUGUUAAUUCGACGUUUAUUAGCAAUCUGUCGCCACUUGCCAAAAGAACACUACUUCAACGACAGCGGCAGCAGCAGCAGCAGCAACAACAACAACAACAACAGCAACAACAGCAACACCUGACUCCUGAAAAAAGAUCCUCGUUUAGAAAAACCACAACAACCCCUCAGUUUAAAGAACCAAGUCCAACCAAGCUUCAAGAAACAACGCAACGAUUAAAGGACCAACAAGCUCGUAACUUACGUGAGAGAUUCGCUAAGGUGAAGACGUUUUCACCGUCACCACCGAGGUCUCAUCAAACUGCCCCAGUUAAGCUAGAUUACAACGUAAUUUUGUCUCCACCUUUACCAUCUAACCAAAAGACCAAACAUGUCCAACUUCCUCAUUCUUACGCUGAAGAGGAAUCGGAUUUGGUGGUUACUGCGAAAAGAUUAGGGAAAAUUCAACCAAUUGUUUUUCCAGUGGAUGACCAGAGAGAAAUGCGAUUUUCGCCGAUUAAUGUUUUGAAACAACAGUCGAGGAUAAAUAAUACUGUGUAA